AUGAAGCAACUCUUCCUCUUCCUUGGCUUUCUAGCCUUCUUUACCCUCUCCUCGGCAACGUAUGCCAAAACAUGUGCUUCGGUACCCCGCACCAAAUGCAAACGCCUCGGCACAACCCUAACCUGGGACAAACCCAGCCGACAAGUCUCCGAUCGCCGCAGUCGCGAAGCCGGCUGUGGUAGUUCCAACCGCUGCAGCAAAUCCCCCUACGGCAGAGGUUACCAAUGCGACGAGUACCCGUUUCGAUCUGUGCGGGAGUCCGACAGAGGCGGGCAAGUAAAUCGCUGCGUUCUAGCGCGAUACAAUAAUGGCACGUUCGGACUCAUCCUAUCUCACCCGCCAAUGGUCCCUUAA